AUGACAAAAAAUCUUGAAACUGUUCAAACUUUUAAAAUACUUGUUGUUGGAGAUUCAAAUGUUGGAAAAAGUUCAUUAAUGACUCGAUUUGUUCAUGGUGUAUUUCAUAGUCAAUAUACUGCAACAAUUGGCGUGGAUUUUCAAAUAGGAAUUGUUAAUAUCAAUGGAUAUAAAUGUCGAUUACAAAUAUGGGACACCGCUGGACAAGAACGUUUCCGUUCUAUUACAAGUAGUUAUUAUCGUGGUGCCGAUGGGAUAAUUAUUGUCUAUGAUGUUACAAAUAAAGCAAGUUUUACUCAAGUAAAAGAUCAAAUAACUGAAAUGGAAUCUUAUUGUGAGAAAACUGUUCCAAGAAUUCUAGUUGGUAAUAAAAAUGAUAAUGAUAAUAAAACAAAUAAAGUUAUUUCAACUGAUGAUGCAUUAGAAUAUGCUAAAGAAAGUAAUCUACUAUUUUAUGAAGUAUCUGUUAAAGAUAAUAAGAAUAUAACAGAAUUAUUCAAUGAGAUGACGAAACUUGUACUUAAACAACGUCUUGAAGAACUCGAACCGAUACAAAAUAAUAAUAUUACAACUACACGUAUUGACCCAAAACAAACAACAGAGAAUAUUAACAAGAAAAAGUGUUGUCCGACAUAA